CAAAUUAAAAAAAAGAAGUUUAAAAGAAAAAGAAAGUGGCACAAGUAAUAAGUUUCCCAAAGAAAAAGCAAAGAAUCAUUGCCCUUUCUUUUAUGUCCUUUACACCUACUUGAUUCUCACAAAACUCCCAUGGACUGUGGUCGCAUAGUUUUCGCCAUAAUUGGCUUCUCUGCAUCUUUCUUCCUAUAUUUUCCAAGCUUCAAGAGAAGACUCCAAAGCAAACAAAUUAUCACAACACAUAAAUUGAAGAUCAUAAAUGAAGCCUUGGAAAUUGCUGAAGAAAGAGUCGUGAGGUAUGAAGAGAGGCACGAUCGCAUUCUUAGUCAAAUCUCAUCGUUCUACCUUGUGAAUCAGGAACUGCAAGAUGCGUUGUUUGGCGCUCGAGAAGCCAUGAAUGAAGCUUUAGAGUUUGUUGUUGGUCUAAGAAGAUUGAAGAUGGAGAUCAUAAGCUCAUAUCCAGGUGAAGUUGAUGUUUCCAUGUUGGAUAGGUUCCUUGGAAAGCACAAGCAGGACAAGGAAUAAUUAAGAGGCUUGGCCAUGAAGUAAAAAGGAAUCACUAGACAUAUGUUUUCAGGAAGAGUUAUGAUCCUUUCAAUGUGAAAAAUUUAGUCUCGAGUGGUAAAGAAUUGCACUGUAUAGAGUAACUGCUGCUUCUUCUUC